GCAUCUCAGACGUGGUGCUCAAGCUACUCCGUCACUGAAACACUUGUGGUCAUGAACAUCUGGAGCUGCACAAUUGGCUCAUGAUUUUCUGUUUUCUUUGACGCUAGUACUUGGCUGAGCUCCAAGACAGAAUGCAGCUUCACAGGUUUCCACAACGUCUCACUAACUGACUCGUAGCCAACCAGUCGGAAGAGUGUAACCUUCGGUCGUAUCGUAUUGCUGCUGAAGAAGAGCCAGUAUGACGGUGUCGACGCACCAUGGGCCUACCGAAGCGCCGAAAGACGGGGACACCGCCGCACGCGGUCGGCGCAGGCUGUACUUGGCGGUGGUGGCUACGUACUUCGGCACAGUUUCCACGGGGCUUACUUGCGCCUACUCUUCGCCUGCGCUGCCGGACAUGCGACGCACCAUGCACAUAAGCGACGACUUUGCGGCGUGGUUCGGUGCCCUCGUGUUGGCCGGAGGCCUCGUCGCCGGAGUGAUCUCGGGACACCUGCUGAGCAUGGCCGGACGCAGGGGAACGAUGUUGAUGUCGGCCGCGUGGUUCGCUGCUGGCUGGCUGUUCAUUGCCUUCGCGAAUUCCACAACACUGCUGUUCGUGGGCCGCUUUUUGACGGGUGGUGGAAUGUCCGUCGCCUCGGCUGCGUCCACGGUGUUCGUAGCCGAAGUGACGCCCGCCAACCUGCGGGGGGCGCUCAACACUGGCUGCAACUUUGUCGAAACGGUGGGCAUCCUGAUCGGCUACACCAUGGGCAAGUGGCUCAACUACAAGUGGCUCGCCGCCGCCUGCCUUGUCCCAGCAGUCAUCAACGGCGCGACUUUCCUGUUCUACGUCCGGGAGUCACCAAUGUGGCUCCUGCAAAAGGGACGGCGAAAGGAGGCCAUGGAAGCCUUGCGGUUCUACCGGGGACCACGGAUCGAAGCUGAAUUCGCCGCCCUGGAAACCUGCACUGUCGAUGUCACCACGAAGCUGACCUUCGGAGACUUGAAGGAGCCGUACGUGUACAAGUCUUUCCUAUGCUCCCUCCUGACUCUGCUCAUGCAACAGGGGUCGGCGAUCAGCGUUCUCAUCUUCUUCGCCCAAGACAUAUUGCAGGAGGCCGACGUGUCCAUUGCUGCCGACGACUGUACGAUCGUGGUAGGUGGCAUCCUGUCGGUGGCCUUCUUGGUGGCCACGGUGCUCGCCGACAAGGCAGGCCGCAAGUGGCUCUUCAUCGUCUCUACCGCCUCGUCAGCGAUCAGCCUGGCAGUGCUGGGUGUGUGCUUCUACAUGAAGCAAACGAAAAACCAACAUUUCCACGACAACUAUGGCUGGCUUCCGCUGGCCUCCAUGUCGGUGUACUUCGCCGGAUAUUCGUUGGGGCUCGGUCCCCUGCCGUUCGUAUACGUCGGCGAACUCCUCCCUCUGAAAACGAAGGGUGUCGCGACUGCUGUGUGCAUCGUUCUCUACUACUGCUUUGGCUUUCUAGUCACCAAGACGUACACCGACCUGUCACGUUUGAUGGGUACUGCCGCUGCGUACUGGUUGUACGCCAGCUUUCUGGCGGUGACAUUUGUGCUAUUUGUGAUAUAUGUGCCCGAGACUAAAGCAAAAACCCUGGACGAAAUAGAAAGAUACUUCGGCAAGAAAUUGCCGUCCCCACAGCUGAGCAACAUCGACGAAGUGGUAACGUCUCAUCUUUAAAAUCGUAGAAGUGAAGAAAGCACUUCGUGUAGCCAUGUUGAGCCUCAUCUUCCUCUCAUUCUUGGCUCUGAAAACCAUCUGCUCGAGAACUGCGACACAGCAUGCUUUUUCUUUGGAAGUGAAGUCUAAAACAGAAUGUCCUAAUUAUUCGCCUUCGCUGAAGUGUACCGACAGUGCAAAUAUCUCAGGAGUAUUUCAACUAGCAGAAGCUUAGAACCAAGGACAGGGGUCUGCGAAGGUUGUGGGAUCGUUCCCCACUUGCGGCAAGUCCUUUCACCCACUUUCAUUUCCAUUAAUUUAGCGUUUCUUUAUUUCAUUUAUUAAUCACAAGUAAUUUCCCCUAUGUUGUCCUUGGUUUCAGUAUUUGUUGGCUUCUUAUUACUAAUGAAAAUUGGGCCCCUCGGUUACCCCCUUUCUGCUCGUUUAUUACAUAACGAGUGUCUCGAAUCCGGCAAGACUGAGGCCUUCAGGUAGCAUGUGUGAGUUUAUUGACCAGUUGCCUUCACCCAAAAAGAUCACGUUCUCGUGACACCUGUGGCAGAAAGGACGUUCCACGUCCGCCGCCAAGGUCUGUGAGUGGCAGCGCUGGCUAACACUCCCAGGGCUCUACUAGGAAACAUAAAUACCCAGGAAAGUGGAUGGGGAAACGACGCCGCAGUAGGUAAAUUGGUAGAGCAUAGCACGUGAAAUGCGAACGUUGUGGGAUCGUUCCUCACCUGCGGCAAGUUGUUUUUUCAUCCACUUUCAUUUGCAUUAUUUUUUAUCAUUUGUUUAUUUCAUUUAUUAAGCACAAGUAAUUUCCGCUAUGUUGUCCUUGGUGUCAGUGUUUGUUCGCUUCUUAUGAUACGACUAAUAAGAAUCGGGCAUCUCGGUUAACCACCUUUCUUCUCGUCGAAAACUGCAAGCGGUCACACACAACAAAGGCCACACAAAAUUGGUUGCGCACAAACUCUCUCUGAAAAUUGGCCGUUGCUUUAGUGAAAUGUUCGAAGUUCGAGGAAUCGGGGCCACUAGGAUGGUUCGCAUUUCUUUCCGCCUCGCUGUCCUGGCAGGUAGCACGCUUGCGGGACCACCACCUCGGCAGAGCGGAAAGAAAGAGGAUACGCAAAAGCUUGGAAUGCCGAGAAAGAUAGGGCGGUGCGAACGCAGGCAUGGCCGACACGGGUCAAAGUGUAGUAUCUGUUCGUAUCAGCUUAAUAUCUUAUACAGGUUGUGCUUGGACCUAAGAUGGUAAACUUAUUUUUGCAAGUUGGCGGAGCGCUUAAUUCCGGCUUCACCUCUGCCGAGGGUCCGGCCCGGUAUUUCCCUAUCUUCGGAAUCGGACCACGUAUUGGGAGAAAUUCUCGAUCUACACUGCUCGAAAGGCGCAUGCAAAUUUUUCCGGAACCUAACCACAUAGAGCUUUGCUAUUAUAACUUCAUCCCUCACUAAGGUCUUCAACACUAAACUUUUAUGUUUUCUCACAUCAGGUUUAAAUAAUUCUGUUCUGCUUAAUUGUUCCCAUAACAGCAAAGGUUUGCAGUGCUCCUAGUUUAAAAAUUUUCUUUUCACCUCCGGUGAAUGGUCGUUUCUCCUUUCACUUUUCAAUAUAGGCGGUCGCCGCCACGCUCUCCGUUGUCAUCCUAUCGCCCAACAUUUCCCUGUUCUUGCCUUCUCUGUUCCGGCGUUGUGUCUCUAUGUAUUGGAAUUAUAGUGAUGCGGACAGAGCAUCGUCACAAAUGAAUGUUUUCUUCUUCUUUCUUUUUUAUUGGAAUUGCAAGUGAGCGAGCGAUAGCAUACUAUCGCUCGCUCGCUUGCAAUUACAGUAGAGACAUAGCGUAAGUCUGCUUUCGAAAAGACCCGGCGUGUGUACUGAAAAAAAAAUCGAUGUGGCAUUUUUACACGGCAUGCUGAUGAGCCCACCCGCGACACUGUUGAACCUCUUCAUAUUGAGAAUGUGUACGUAAUCGCGCGCGAGUCAGCCAAUUAACCCACUAACAAUACAUAAUUUGCCUUAUCACGUUCAUUUGUAUGUGGCUGCUCGUGUUCUCGUGUGCCAUGUGAAUUUCAGUUUUAGUUUGGGUUGUUUCAUUUCGUUCUUCUUUUUCCCGUGUUUUGCACUAUGUAUAACCAUCACGUGUUUUCAAUAAACCUCUAGUUGAUAGGCA